GGAUUUAUUGCCUUCACAAACUCUUCGCUGCUUUUUGAUAUUGCUUUUGGCUCUAUAGAGAUAACAGGCUAUAAGCGCCACUCAGAAACAUGGAUGGUACCACAGUGAAUUCGGAGAAAUCGCAGCUUAUACACGAGAAGAACGCAAAAAUGUAUUCCCUAAAAAUGAAAAGCGCGUUCUCAGACCCUAAGGAGGAGUAUCCCAGCAUGCCGUUGGGGAACGGGGAUGUGGGAGGGGCCAUCGAGCUCAAGCGUCCAGUGAGCGCUCAUUGUCACGGCAACAAGGCGGUGUGUGAGGAGAGCCGGGACAAGGCGCUGGCCAAGAGGAAGCUGUACAUCGCCUCUGUCAUCUGCCUCUUCUUCAUGAUAGGAGAGGUCAUAGGGGGCUACCUGGCCCACAGCCUGGCCAUCAUGACGGACGCAGCCCACCUGCUGACAGACCUGGGCAGCAUGCUGGUCAGCCUCUUCUCCCUCUGGGUCUCCUCCAGGCCCCCCACCAAGACCAUGACCCUGGGCUGGCAUCGCUCAGAGAUCCUGGGGGCACUGGUGUCGGUGCUGUCUAUCUGGAUGGUGACCGGGGUGCUGGUCUACCUGGCUGUUGAGAGGAUCGUCAGGGACGACUACGAGAUAGAUGGUCACGUGAUGCUCAUCACCUCCGGCUGUGCUGUCAUCGUCAACAUCGUCAUGGCGUACAUCCUGCACCACUCCACCAGCCUGCACACCCAUGGGGAGGGUUACCAGCAGAUAGACGAGGGGGGGCGGAGCCCCGUGGCCCACGGCCACACCCACAGCCUUCUGGGUGGCCAUGGCAACACCAGCGUGCGCGCGGCCUUCAUCCACGUGGUGGGAGACCUGCUGCAGAGUGUGGGGGUCAUGAUUGCCGCCACCAUCAUCUACUUCCGGCCGGAGUACAAGGUUGCCGACCCCAUCUGCACCUUCCUGUUCUCUGUGUUCGUCCUCUGCACCACUCUCACCAUCCUCAGGGACGUGUUCCGCAUCCUGAUGGAAGGAGCUCCUAAGGGGAUAGAGUUUAACUCUGUGAAGGAGGUGCUGCUGUCCCUGCAGGCAGUGAAGGCGCUGCACUGCCUGCACCUGUGGGCCCUGACCCUGGGACAGACACUUGUGUCUGUACACCUGGCCGUAGAGGAGAAUGCUGACGGCCAGAACGUUCUGAAGGAAGCCACGGAGAUCCUGCAGACCAAGUUUGGCUUCACCAACACCACCAUCCAGGUGGAGCACUACUCUGAAGACAUGGCCUACUGCCCCCACUGCCAGGACCCGCUAGACUAGCACACACCACCAAACAGCACACACACACGCCAUCGCUCAGUCAACACAGACUACACAGCACAGUUCAGUCGGUGUGCGGUACAUGCAUGUCCUCAACCUACACGAGACUCACUGACUCAUCCGAUUUACUGGGACCCAACCAAACCCACCACAGUGUCUGCAUCAUCAUACCAAAGAUUUCCUCAAACUCUGCUACACGCCUUUCACACAACUACGCAAUGUACCACUAUGUCCCAAGAAAAUGUUACAUUUCACAACAAAUUGCUUAUCGAUUCUGUCUCAUUUGAAAGCUAGCUGGUCAGAUUUGGGAAUGUUUCUGGUGUUUCUGGUGGUGUUUCUAAUUACUCUGACUGCCCAGUUGUUGUAACGUCAUGGACGUUGUACAAUUUUAAACCGUUUCUGGGUUUGGCGUUUUCACCAGGAGAGACAGCAGUCUUCACCUGCUGACUCCCUCAAACAUUCACACAGAUAUCGACGUAAGAUUCCCGAAGGCAAUUUGUUUUCUCUUUUGAUUCCGACUAAUGCAGGCAUUUAAUGUUGACUUCAGCACAGAGCCAAAUGAGUUAUAUUGUUAAGGGCUUGAUGGAGAGAGCUGUAGAGAAAGAGAGAUAGAGAGGGAAUGGAAUGUGUCU